AUGGGUGCAUAUCUUAGUAGAAUUUUAGGAAGAUUAUGGGGUGAAAAAGAAGUUCGAAUAUUAAUUUUAGGUCUCGAUGGAGCGGGUAAAACAACAAUAUUGUAUCGGUUACAGAUCGGAGAGGUUGUAACGACCAUUCCAACUAUUGGAUUUAAUGUUGAAACUGUAACAUAUAGAAAUAUUAAAUUUCAAGUCUGGGAUUUAGGAGUUAUAUACGUGGUAGAUUCAGUAGAUCGUGAUCGAUUAAGUACCUCAAGAGAGGAACUUCAUGCCAUGUUAGAAGAAGACGAAUUACGUGAUUCUGCAUUAUUGGUGUUUGCUAAUAAACAAGAUAUGGUUGGAGCAAUGUCUUCAGCAGAAGUUUCAGAUGCUUUAGGAUUAGGAACAUUGAAAAAUAGACAAUGGAGUAUUUUUAAAACAAGUGCGGUAAAAGGUGAUGGGCUAACGGAGGGUUUGGAUUGGUAA